AUGCUCAGCAGCACUAGGAUACACCAGCACGAGCACAAGGAGCGAACGGCAGCAGUGAGUAUUCGCCUCACCAUCGAGCAGCAAUAUAAAAUGCGACGACGACGAGGAGGAGGAGGGCAGGGAGGAGGAAGACGACGACGACGAGGACCAGGACGAGGAGCAGGAGCAGGAGCAGGAGCAGGAGCAGGAGCAGGAGCAGGAGGAGAAGGAGGAAGAGGAGGAGGAAGAGGAGGAGGAGGAGGAGGAGGAGGAGGAGGAGGAGGAGGAGGAGGAGGAGGAGGAGGAGGAGGAGGAGGAAAAGGAGGAGGAGGAGGAGGAAGAGGAGGAGGAGGAGAGGACGAGGAUGAGGAGGAAGACGAGGAGGAGGAGGAGGAGGAGGAGGAGGAGGAGGAGGAAAAGGAGGAGGAGGAGGAGGAGGAGGAGGAGGAGGAGGAGGAGGAGGAGGAGGAGGAGGAGGAGGAGGAGGAGGAGGAAAAGGAGGAGGAGGAGGAGGAGGAGGAGGAGGAGGAGGAGGAGGAGGAGGAGGAGGAGGAGGAGGAGGAGGAGGAGGAGGACCAUGACGACGACGAGGAGGAGAAAGACGAGGAGGACGAGGAGGAAGAGGAGGAGGAGGAGGAGGAGGAGGAGGAGGAGGAGGAGGAGGAGGAGGAGGAGGAGGAGGAAGAGGAGGAGGAGGAGGAGGAGGAAAAGGAGGAGGAGGAGGAGGAACUGUACUGUAUGAUGCACGAGAGUGGGGAGUUGAAAGAGGUGUUUGCAGAGAAAGGGGUGCUGGGAGGGGCGGGGAAGGGAGAUGCACCAGGAGCAGUGACGGCAGCAGCAGCAGCAGCAGCGGCGGAUGGGCAGGUUGAUGGGGCGAAGGGGUUGCAAGAGCGGCUGAAGGCACUCCUCUCGUCUUCGCCUACCAUGCUGUUCAUGAAGGCACUCGUCUCGUCGUCGCCUUCCUCUCAUCCCUUCCUCUCAUCCCUUCCUCUCAUCCCUUCCUCUCAUCCCUUCCUCUCAUCCCUUCCUCUCAUCCCGUCCUCUCUGCUGCGUUACCUCUCAGGGAACACCGGAGGAGCCGCGGUGUGGGUUCAGCCGCAAGGGAACACCGCAGGAGCCGCGGUGUGGGUUCAGCCGCAAGGUGGUGGAUGCAGUCAAGUCAGACAUGGACUCAUCGCAUGUUUCCCCCCCUCUUCCCCCCUUCUUCCCCCCCUCUUCCCCCCCUCUUCCCCCCCUCUUCCCCCCCUCUUCCCCAUGGCUUGUCCUCACGGCCUUGCCUUGCUUUCCCAGGGCACACCCGAGGAGCCGCGGUGUGGGUUCAGCCGCAAGGUGGUGGAUGCACUCACGUCAGAAGGUAUUUCCUUUGGCAGUUUUGACAUUCUCACGGAUGAAGCAGUGAGGCAGGGGCUGAAGGAGCUCUCCAAUUGGCCCACGUACCCCCAGGUGUACCACAAGGGCGAGCUGAUUGGUGGAUGCGAUAUUGUGCUUGAAAUGAAGGCUAAUGGGGAGCUUAAAGCCGAGCUUGGAGGGUGA